AUGGCCGUUCUUACGAUUCCAAACGGUAGAAAAUGGAAUGUGAAGUUGACAAAACAUGAUGGAGAGGUUUGGUUUGAAAAUGGGUGGUGCGAAUUUGCAAGCUGUCAUGCUCUAACCAUGGGGCACUUGGUAGCUUUCAGAUAUGAAGGAAAUUCAGCAUUUUCUGUUCUCGUAUUUGAUGCCACUGCAACAGAAAUAGAGUAUCCUUUAGAUGACCAACCACAAGUUCAUAGUAUGGAAGACAAUGAGAGUGAUGAUAACUCCAUUGAAAUCAUGGAUGCCUUUAUGCCAAGCCCUGUACCUCGUAAAAGGGCAAAAACCAAUCCAAAGCAAGCAAGGGAUACACAUUUCAGACCUAAAGAACCGAAAUCUAAAGGGUCAAUGUUAGAGAAAUCAAAAAUGGUGUUUGGGGUAUCUUUUACUAGGGGAAAGGGUUCAGGAUUAGCUCAUGGGGUUGGAGGAAAUCGAGUAGGAUGCACAAGCGGCCUGUUAGUUAAACUUGAAUCUGAUUGCUCACUCGAUGAUGUGUCUUUCUUAGAUGACGAAUGUCCUAAGAAAGAUGGUGGUGUAGUCGAAAAUCUUUUGAGAGCCAAUGCUUUUCGAUCAGAAAAUCCCCUUUUCACGGUUAUCAUUCAUCCAUCAUACGUUAAUGGCAAGGAUCGUGCGAGCUUACCCCAUGCCAUUAUCAACUACUUACCGAGAGAAGGCUUUAGCAAGGACUGCACCAAAGGAAGUAUUGUACCUGUGAAGCUCCAAGUUGUGGACCAAUUAUGGCCUGUCAAGUUAUACGUUUAUGAAGGAAAAUACUCAUCAUGUGUCAUAUCUGCUGGUUGGUCUGCAUUUGUGAGAGAAAAUGGAUUGCAAGUAGGAGAUGUUUGCGUAUUUGAGCUGAGUAUGAGGGACGAUGUUGUGUUCAACAUCCACAUUUUCAGGGCUGAUCUUGAUUAA